AUGGCCGAAGAGAGCGAUGCGUCGUCGCAGCAUGAGGAGAAGAAUAAGCCGUUUAUGGAUGAGCUCAAUAUACCAGAGCCGGGAAUAAUUAAUUUGGAGAUGAUAGAAGCUGCAUAUCUGCUAGAGGGACAACAUGGCGAGAAUCGACGAUUACAUCAAUUGGAGCCAAUUGUCCUGGAGCGCAUCAGAACGAUGCGCUUGGAAUUUAAAAAUAUCUUACGCAUUGAUCAUCUAUGGAUACUGCCCAAUCUGACUAAGCUCUGUCUCAACUGCAAUAAAAUUGAAGUUAUCGAGCAUAUCGGCAUGCUAACAGCGCUGAAAGAACUAAAUCUGAGCUUUAACUAUAUAACCAAAAUUGAAAAUCUGCAUACGCUGAUCAAUCUGGAAGUAUUAUCGCUAUUUAGCAAUCGCAUUACAAAAAUUGAAAAUUUGGAAGCGCUUGACAAGCUUGUUAUAUUGAGUAUUGGCAAUAAUUUAAUAGAAAAGUUCGAUGGUAUUGAGCGCUUGCGCUUUGUUAAUAGCUUACGAGUGCUAAAUCUGGAAGGUAACCCCAUAGCAAAGCUGCCCGAAUUUCCUUUAUCGCAAUACGUAACCGCCAUGUUGCCCCAAUUAAAUUACUAUGAAUAUGUAUACAUCAAGGACGAAAUGCGUGAAGCAGCACAAAAGAGAUUUUACCGCGAGUUACGUGAAAUUGAGGACAAGCAGGAGCGUGAGAUUAAGGGGCGCGAGACACAGGCGCGUGAGCUGGCAGAGGCGGAGCGCUUGGCUUCCAGUUUUGUGGAGCAUCUGGAUGGUCAACAGCUAUACGAGAGCAUGUGGCGUGACGAUGAGCAUGGCAAAGUUUUAUUACUUGUGGGCGCGCAGGCGCAAGAGCUGGUUGAGGAAUACGACAAGGAUGUGCAUGAGUUAACUCAACAGCUAUACAAGUUGGGAUUGGAGCGCUUUGGCGAACGUGAGCAAGAAAUCAAGAAAUUUAUGAACAGUCUACAGGCAGGACAAAAAGAAGCACAGUCGGUUGGCCAGCAGCAAAUUGAGGAUUUCCUGCAGCUUCGAGAUAAAACUUUUGACGAGGCAUGCAUACUUGCUGAGUCGACUUCAAAUCCGGCAAUGGAUACGCUUCAUGCCAAAUUUGAGGAUGCACUGAAUGAUUUGUGGCAUAGUCUUAUGACCCAAGAGCUGCAUUUACAUGAGGCAGUUGAGGAAUCCACACUAAGUUUUCAGCACGGUCUCUCCGCUUUGAUGCUGAGCUUUGUUGAACAAGCGCAGAGCCUUUUUCUACAGCUGCGCGAUGUUUGUUUGCACUUCUCGGAUAAUCUAUGCGAACUUGUCUCUCGCUUCAUAGCCAACAAGCUGACGCUACGGGAUCUGGACUCUGUGCCGCAAGAGCUGCGCAUUUGCAUCGAUGAUCGAGAGGCAGUUGUAAAACUUGUGGCAGACAUGAGGUCCACACACAUAUCACGCAUUGAGCAGCGUGAGGAUCGCAUGUCUGUAAGAAGCAAGGAAUUCAUAGAGCAUCUUAUUGAAAAGCUAAGCAAAGAGGAAACUGAACGGCAUCGUGCUAAGAUUCUAGAGAUAAACGCCUUUAUGGAGAUGAUGACGGAGGCCAUGGCUAAUCUUACACAGCAGUUAGAUAUUGAUGAAUGUGAAAGUCCAAUAAAUUAA